AUGUGAACCGUAUAAAAAGUAGGAGUGGCAGUUUACCGGCCUUCGUCCCUCCGAGCUUCAUCAGUCCAUCGGGGUAGGUGCCCGGAGGAGAUCUCGUCUUCCCUUCUUGGCGCCAUCUUAUGGAACUUCCCGCAGUUUCGACCGCUGUGACGCUACUGCUGGUUAUACUUCAUCUCCUCGGCGGAAAUUCGGCGGAAGUCGCGGAAUCGGACCUCCUGGACAGGUCAACUGCAGCCGGUCUUUGCGUUAACGUCAUCGAGCCUCAUGGAUUCCCUUGCGCCGAACACACUACUCAAACCGAAGAUGGAUACGUGUUGGGACUUCAACGGGUUUCAUCUCCUUCAGUAAUUGUCAGGCAAAGGGGCUCGCCGAUUUUGUUGGUUCAUGGACUUUUCAUGGCAGGAGAUGCUUGGUUUAUGGAUUCCCCAAAUCAAUCAUUGGGCUUUGUCCUUGCAAACCGUGGUUUCGAUGUUUGGGUUGGUAAUGUGCGUGGAACAUUUUGGAGUCAUGGUCACGUGUCUCUGUCAGUGAAAGAAAAGGAAUUCUGGGAUUGGAGCUGGCAAGAGUUGGCUCUUUUUGAUUUGGGAGAAAUGAUUCGGUACAUAUAUUCAGUCACAAAUUCCAAAGUCACUGUUGUUGGACAUUCACAGGGAACAAUUAUGUCUCUUGCUGCCUUUACCCAACCGGACAUAGUAAACAUGGUUGAAGCUGCUGCGCUCCUUUGCCCUAUAUCAUAUUUGGACCACAUCACUGCCAAGCUUGUUCUUAGACUAGUCAAAAUGCGUCUUGAUGAGAUUAUUAUGGCACUGGGAAUUCAUCAACUCAAUUUCAAAAGUGAAUUGGGCACAAACAUCAUGGAUAUGAUGUGUGAUGGACACAUGGACUGUGAUGACAUGCUUAGUUCACUUACAGGGAAGAAUUGCUGCUUUAACAGCUCGAGAAUCGACCACUACCUCGAAUUCGAGCCUCAUCCAACUUCCUCCAAGAACAUACACCAUCUCUUCGAGAUGAUCCGGAAAGGCAGUUUCUCCAUGUACGACUACGGAGUAUUGAAAAAUCUGUUGAAGUACGGGAGAUUAAAGGCGCCUGCAUUCGACCUCGGCUCCAUCCCGAGUUCACUGCCGAUAUGGAUGGGGUAUGGAGGGACGGAUGCGCUUGCAGAUGUGAUUGAUGUGCAGCAUACAGUGAAGGAAUUGAAUUGCAAGACCAGGUUGUUAUAUCUGGAAAACUAUGGGCAUAUAGACUUCCUUUUGAGUGUAUCUUCCAAGGAAGAUGUCUACGACAGCAUGCUUUCCUUCUUCGCCUCCCUGGGAUUGUCUACCACCCUCCUUUGACUGGGCUCACUGCCUAUUUCUUAUAUCUAUCUUUGUGUAUAUAUAUUAUAUGUAUAUGUGUGUGUGCAUAAAAUGUGUUGUAUAUAUGAAUUUUCUUGUGCUGUUAGAUAUUAUUGUUAUGAUUAUUAGGCUAAAUUACAAAAACUUCACUUGUGAUUUGAUGAACUUACUCCAAA